AUCAUUGGGAAAAGGAACAACAAAGCAACAAGCGCACUAUAAUUUCACCAUUAAAUAAUAUUUUCUUCAUUCAAGCCGCCUCCACCACCCAACGACUUUACCUUUCUUCUCCAACACCACCUAAGCAGGCCAAUACCUCACUUCUCCUCCUUCGUUCACCCACUGCCGACUUCCAAACCACCGCCUAAACCUCCAAUAUCCAACACCACCGACGAAUCACCUACCAUUCUGAAGCUCAAAGCUUCAGCCUUCUCCAGCGAGCCAUUAAUGGUGAGCAAAGGUUCUGUCCUCCAAUGAGAAAACAAACUCCGUAUCCAACCACUUUACAGAUCUAGUAAGAAAGUAGAGAAGGGCUUCCUUGUCAGCUCCAAUAAUCUCAAUACUCAAGCAGCAAAACAUGUCAGUGACGCUUCAUACAAAUUUAGGGGACAUCAAGUGCGAAAUUUUCUGUGAUGAAGUCCCUAGAACUGCUGAGAAUUUCUUGGCGUUAUGCUCAAGUGAUUAUUAUGAUGGGACCAUAUUUCAUAGAAACAUAAAGGGUUUCAUGAUCCAAGGUGGUGACCCAACAGGUACAGGAAAAAGUGGGACAAGUAUUUGGGGAAAAAAGUUCAAUGACGAGAUCAGGGAGUCUCUCAAGCACAAUGCAAGAGGGAUGUUGGCAAUGGCCAACAGUGGCCCUAAUACCAAUGGGAGCCAGUUUUUCAUUACGUAUGCCAAGCAACCACAUCUCAAUGGCUUGUACACCAUCUUCGGGAAAGUAAUACAUGGAUUUGAGGUUCUUGAUCUCAUGGAAAAGACUCCAAUAGGACCAGGUGAUAAGCCCCUUGCCGAGAUCAGGCUCAACCGGGUGACCAUACAUGCUAAUCCACUUGCUGGCUGACGUACUUUUGAAGCAUGCUAAGGCAGUACGUGUAAUCUCAUUGUUCGACUUGUUGAUCGUGGUGAAUUCUUUGGACUAUUGCUAUGGUCAUUGCCAACCACUUACCGGUAGAGAGUAGUUAAUGCGGGAUGAUAAUAGUAAUGGAACUUCCUUUUAGUUCAACUGUUGAUCUUCCUGAAAGCACAAUCUUGAAAUCUCCAAAAAGCAAAUAACUAUGAAAUGGUUCUCCAGAUCUACAUAUCUACACUUUAUAUGUAUGAACAGUGAAAAUCUAGUCAGAUAUACUGUUGAUCUAUGAAUUUGAAGAUCUAUGGAGUGUAAAUGCAAAGUUUUUUUUCUUAAUAAUGUUGAUGUAAUGACCUGUUAGGUCAUUUUGAGAA